AUGGGUUUCACGUUUUUCAAAUGCUUCUGUUGUAUUUUCUUACGUCAAAAAUAUAAAGACAAAAUGUCAUUAAUAGAAGGAGUUGGUGAUGAAGUGAUCCAGUUUAUUGUAGUUGUGCUAGUGGUAGCAGUGGCAUCCCUUGCUUGGUGGUCUACUAAUGCAAGGCCUGAUAGAUAUAGAACUGUGCUGGUCAUGAGAUCCCGGCCUCAACACCCUGUUACAGUGAGCAUAUUAACAAGGACGAAUAUAACAAGUUCUCAAAUUAAUUUGCCAAUACCAUCCACAUCAGUAUCGAGGGCACCAAUUACUACACCUUCUGAUAGUGACCAAACAAGUAACCGAGACAAUAGAGUGAUUCCUCUACAAGAAAUGGAUAGCAUCGUGGAUGCCGACAUGGCAAUGUUGGAUAAUAAUCGUUUGCACUUUUAUAGAAGGAUGGAUUCUCCUCAAAACAACCAACCCACAACAGAGAGUACAAAUGAGGAAAUUGAGAUAGUUGAAGAUGAGGAACCAGCAAGCAAUGACCAAAUACGUGAAAUGGACAGUAUUGUGAGCGCCAUGGAGGCAGAUGUUACCACUGGAUGUGACUUCUUUACAAGAUCUAGCGAAUCAAACUCUAAUCUCAAGCCGAGCACUACCAAAUCUCCUAACAAAGAAGAGGAUAAAGUGACAACAAACGAGUCCACUGAAAAUGCUCCGGAAGAAGAGACCGCCACAUCCAGUGAAGACACUGAUGGCAGGAAAAUACUAAUAAAGUUGAAAUACAUUAAUGACACUUUGAAAGAAGUCGAAGGCAGUCUUGAUGAGCUUUUGAAGGAUUUUAAAAGACGGCACUUCUCAGCGGAGCUAGCGGACCGGCACGUGCGGCUGAUCUUCCGCGGGCGCGUGCUGUGCGACGAGGCGGCCACGCUGCGCGCCUGCGGCCUGCACCACCGCGCUGUCGUGCACUGCCUCGUGCACCCGCGCCGCGCGCCGCCCGCCGCCGCCGCCGCCGCCGCGCAGCCGCAGUCGGACGGGCACGAGGUGGUGACGGAGGCGCCGGCGCCGGAGCGCACGUGGGACCUCGAGAACAUCCUCAUGACGCUGGUGUCCGUCUCGCUCACCGUCGUCUGGUUCUUUAGGUUUCUGAUGUUCCACCCCAGGUGCGAGUACUCCAACAUGUUCACGGCGAGUGCCAGCGUGGCACUGUUCGGUCUCACGGUAUUCUACAGCGUCGCCAUUUUUGGUCUUUACCUGUCUGAUACAUUCCACUUCGAGCGUCGUCCCACUCACCCAGUACCCGCUAAU